AUGACGGGAGAUCGCCAAGGAAAACGAUACACUGCUGUGCUUGGUGGAGGCUAUCUCGGGCGACAUGGCUCGAAAGUAGAACCAAACUCUGGCACCCCCUUUGCGGCACAUUAUCUCAUGGCCGCAGGGCUCGGCUUUGGGAUUAUGGGGUUUUUGGCCUCUCAAUUAGGUGGAACAGGCGGUAGAGAAGCAUCUCAAAAAAUAUUUGCUCCCGCCGUAAUGAGUAUCUUGUCGGGUCUUUGGUUCCUCUACGAUCGGUUCCGCCGUGAACAAAGCACGUAG